UUAACAUCUUACCACGGGGCAAACUCUGCGUGUCAGAAUAAACUUUCCUCAGUCGGAGUUUUUCUUCUUCGACGUAGAAUCAUCGAACUUGCUAUGGAACACUGGAGAUUUGUGAUAUUUGUAGGAGCUACAAUUAUGGCACUGGCUGCAGCGCAAAUGCAUAUGUUCUGUGAUUUAUCGAAGCCUCAGCUCGAGAAAUUCAUGGACUGUGGGAAAGACGGAUUUUCGGCAGAGGCUUCCAGUGGCUGGAGCACAUGUAAAGAGGAAAUACUUGGUCUCGUCGAUGCUAAUGCAACGGACACUCAAGCAAUUAUUUUCAUGUGCGAACAAAACAGGACGAGAUCAGUAGAGGACUGCAUGAAGAAAUCAGGGAAAAAAGUCAACCGAAAGGCGAGGGCUAAGAUGAUGGUCUGUAUGAUGAAGGUGCUCACCUGACAUCCGCCGAGAAGUUCAAAAUGUAUUCGUCAUUCAUUCACUGUACAUUAUCAGUCUAUGUGCGUGUGUGUGCAAUAUUCUUCAUUUAUGUAAUCCAAUAAAAUGUAUCCCAUUGAUGAAAUGUACCUUUUAUUUAAACAUUCAUUAAAAGUUAAAUUAUCAUG